UUCUUUUUUCAUUGUUGGCUGUACCUGGUGAGACAGACGACGUUGUCUGUCAUUCUUUGGUUGUUGUAAUGCCGACGGAUGGGUUAUUUGUAUUGCAUUAAUGUAUACUUGCAAAGCGUAUUCUUUUUAGAACAUUUAUGAUUCAAAUAAGUAAGAGAAAAUCUACUGAGUACAUAAUAAACACUGUCCUCUUUUGCAUCGUGGUCAUAAGUUGGAGCUAUGUGAUAGCUGCUGGAAGGUACAUAUCUCUACGUCACCUAUGUACCAAGGUUCAUAGUUCUCAGUUACAUAUAGAUACCAAUGAGAAUUAAUUACAGAUGGCAUUUUCUGCUGAUGCCGCAGCUUUUCAAGUUCAGGAGCGUCUGAAGGGUCUGUAUCGGUUGGUGCAUGAUAUAGAGGAAGAACGCAUUCGAAGUGAACAUAACCUUAAUAAUAUUACAAAAGCUCAUGAGAAGAUAAAUCAGGAAGAGAAAGUGUCACCAUAUUAUCAGCAAAAAUUGAAAGGUCUGUAUUCUGCUGCUGUGGCAGAUGCUGAACAAGAAGAAGAAUUAAUUCGCAGUGCAUUGACGAAAGUGAAUGAGAUUCGGUCCAUCAGGAAUGAAAGGAGGAUACAAGCAAGGAAUGCUGGGAAUAAAGAAACAAUACGUAGAGGUGCACUGAUGAAAAUGCUUCAAAGCUCAGCACAGACAUUGCCUUUAUGGGUAGGGAAACUUGGGGAGAAAGCCCCACCUCUUUGUGGUGCAGUUCCUGCAGAGUCUACGUAUGUAGCAAAGAUGGGAGACAUGGUUGCUGCCUUGGUGAAAGGUGCAGAAGAAGAGGAAAACUGGAUUCUAGCAGAAGUUGUACAAUUUAAUGCUGCCACAAACAAAUAUGAAGUAGAUGAUAUUGAUGAGGAACAGAAAGACAGACAUAUUUUGAGUCGGCGUCGUGUUGUACCCCUCCCACUGAUGAGAGCAAAUCCUGAGACAGAUCCACAUGCUCUCUUCCCAAAGGGUUCUAUAGUAAUGGCCCUGUACCCUCAGACAACGUGUUUCUACAAAGCUGUUGUGAAUCAGCUUCCUACAUCUUCAACAGAAGAAUAUGAAGUUCUUUUUGAAGACCCAUCAUAUGCUGAUGGUUAUUCCCCUCCUCUGACUGUUGCACAGCGCUAUGUUAUUUCAAUCAAAGACAAGAAAGGAAAAAGUCAAACAUGACAGCUGGCCACAGUGACAGAGAUUGUCACAGCACCUGCAACAUGUUCAGAUUGAUGGAAAAAAAAUAAUAAAUGUUGAGAAAUGUCUAAUUUUCUCACAGUAGAACUCAAGACUGCAAUAUACUAGUACUUUGAAAUAUCUAUGCUUAUGCUGGAUUAAAGAAACUUGAAUUAAUCAGUGUAAUAAAAUUCAGUUAGCAGAAGAAGAAUAGAGGUUAUUGACAUUUAAAUGUUUGUGGUUGUAGGAGAUGAUAUUAGGAUUUAAAGCUGUCAUAACUAUGACUUGAGUUUGUACAUUUCUUGAAAUAAUACAUCAUGAAAUUCACAUUUAAAGCUGCAUGGGCUUUAUAAUGAAAUAUUACAUAUUUACUUUGGAUUAAAACAUACUGAAAUGCGUGAAUAUUGUAAAAUUCUCAGUUAAAAUAAUGUAGAGGUCUACAUUGAAGUAUCACAUUUUUAUUUUGUAGUAAAAUAUGGAUUGCAUGAGUAUUAAGAUCUUAAAUUUAUAUUUGCUUAAAGAUAGGAAAUCAGUUUGUUGUUGAAAAAUGAAUGGUUCGUGUAGUAUGAAAGAACAGUCAAGGUAAAGAUAAAAUGAAUGGUAUAAGUGAAAAAUGUUUAGCUGUUGUGACAGCUUUGUCCAGCACAACUCUGUCAUGGAUUAGAUGCAAGUUGUAUCAGGGUUUAGGUAGUGGGAGAUUUUUGCUUGCACAAGCUAUGGAGAGAGAUAUGGGAUAAUGAUAACAUUUUUAUACUUUUCAUAGUGUUUAAGGGCUCAAAGAAAGAACAGACAAUACUGUUACAGCCUGGUAUCAGCUUCAGAAACAAGGGACUGGGGGAAAAGGAUGGACCAUGAUUGGAGUCUUAAUUUUUAUACAAUAAAUUGGGUGUUGCCACUUUGUAAA